UAGUUUCUACAACAUUACCGGCUGACGUAAUCCGCAAUCUCAUAACCAGUAACCUCGGAGAUUUCCAACUAUUAUAUUAUUUUUGGACGCCAGCUAACAAUAUCAAUCAUGCCUAGAGGAGGAAGAAGUCGCGGAAGAUCCUUUUCACCAGUUAGGGCUGCACCGCCCAGGACAAUGUCCCCUGCCCCCCAGAGAGCCCCCGUGCCAGCUCAGCAGCCAGCCACAGCUAUGGGCCAAUCAAGAGGGCCAGGACUUAUGGGUCAGAUGGCAGCUACUGCUGGGGGUGUAGCCAUCGGAUCAGCAUUGGGUCAUGCCGUCGGACAUGCUAUGACCGGUAGUGGUAGCAGCCAGCAACCCGAUGUCACCUACCAAGAGCAGCCGCAACAGCAACAGCAGCAACAACAGAACCCUUGCCACUAUGAGAUUCAGAAAUUCAUGCAGUGUGCCGAAACCCAGAAUGAUCUCAGCUAUUGUGACGCAUUCAACAUGGUUCUCAAAGAUUGCAAGAGAGCGAAUGGUUUGGCAUAACAGCAGAUGAUCAUACACUUUUCUAUUUUCUUUAAUCGUCCGAUGUCUGGCCUCUGCCCACUGCAGCUUUUACAACAGAUGAAAUGGAUUAUUCUACCAAAAUUUACUUUAAUAUCAAAUGGGAUUUGAAUCAAAGUUUUCUGAAAUGUUUUCAUUAAUAAAGCCGACAAUCUAAUGGUGCAUACCGUACAUUAUAGAAUCUCUAGAAUGAAAUAUAUGAUGUGUUCAUAAUUGAAGUUUUCAAUGUUGCAAAUCAGUUAAUUCAACCAUGUCUGUACAAGGAAUUGCAUGAUGAAUGAUGAGCCUUAUGUAGUGAUAUACACAGGCAUCUUUAUCUCAGUAAGUGAACAGACAUUUAUGAGAGAUAUUUGGAGUGUUCCACCAUAUAUCUAAAUGUACAUGUAUUCAGUUUAGAAUUCAGGUGAAAAUGCUUGCCGAGUCUCUCUCAUAGGUUAUACAAAUUAUUUGUUUGUGUGUGUGUCAAACUUAAGUUUUACGGUUUUACCGUAGAAAUGAAUCAUUUAUGAGAUGUUCAUUAUUAUUGUUCCAAAUUAUGAAAGGAACAGCAUUACUUAAGAAAUAGGAAACCUCAUUUAUUCUGCCGUGCAGUGCUGCGUUUCGUCAAAAGUAUCAUCGCCUUCUUUAAAGUUCUUGAUCGAGUGAUUGCCUAAUUCAUGAUAAAGCCAAGAAACAGCAUUUUUCUUAAGAAAAUAGGUAAACAUCAGUAGAAAUAUUCUAUUCAAGUUUAUGCCUGAUUUCAUGGAUUGUUGUUGCGACUGAAAUUGUUGAACUCCUCAUAUUGCUUUAUGGAUCAUUGAAUAGGUUAGAAGAGGGUUAUAGUAUAUCAUGUAUUUAUUUCAUUAUCUCAGGUGCACAUUAAGAACAAAGUUCACCUGAGAAUUUGGAAUACAUAUAUACAACAAAAUUAGAUUGAGAUGUGCCACUCACCAAACUGAUCUCCUUUGGCUUUUAACCAAAUAAUUUAGAAAGAAAUUCAGCAUUUUUGUUCAUUUUGAGUGAAAUGUUAUCAUAUGCAUGACUCCUUGCGAUACAUUGCCUAGGGAAAGAUGGUCAGACAUUUUGGGGGAUAUUUGUGAGCUGAAAAUGAAAAUAUGUUAUUGGAUUGUUGCAGCAAUAUUAUGUGUGUUCUAUUGAUUUUAUCCUGCGAGUAUGGCAUUCUUGGACAUAAAAGAAAGUAUCAACAGUAUUUUAUUAUUGUACAUCGAUAUGAAUGUGAAAAUAAAUAUGUUUGACAUGA